AUGUCCACUAAUACUGCAAAGAAAGCGCCUUCUGUACCUGUAUGCUCAGUGGGCUGUGAAGCUAAAUACCUGGAAUUAAAGGGAAUGAGGCCAUCGAGUAAAGCAUGCAGUCCAGACUCGAAACAUUGCGUUGUGUGCCACGGCCCCAAUCUCAAUUAUUCCGUUAGCUCGCGCGGAUCCGUCGUUUCUGUAUGUAGCAAAGAAUGCGAGGAGUCUUUUCUUCGUCGAAAGAAACGGCGUGGAAACGCUGAUACUAACGAAAAUACGACGUUUAAGCACUCUAAGGGUGAACAAGCGGAGCCGAUAAAUUGCCAGCGACGUACGCUCACAUUUUUGAGCGAUCAGCUGCUUGAAAGCUCGGAAGGCGGGGGUUACAAGAGCUGGUGGCUUGGUGCUCUCACAUAUUAUGACUUUGUAUAUCAACGCCAUGGCAUGUGGCACAGCUACUCGAUCAGCAACGAUGUGCCGCGUGUCGACCAGUGCCUAAUCAAGUUCGCAAGCUGUAACAUUUACCGUGAGCUAGAUCGCAGCACCGCUUACCUUAGGAAGUAUGUGCUACGAUGGCAACAGUCCCAUCAAGGGCGCUUGGGUCUGCGCGAGGUUCUUUGGAUGUCAGUAGUUUUUAGGCUCUGCAACCAAUUGGAAACUUUUCACAAGCUCAAGGGAAUUCCCAGCUCGGAUAGUUUUUCUCACUUCAAAAAGCGUUUGCUAGUGCUGGCAAAGCGCAUUGAUGACAAACAUCUUUUAGCCGGUGACCGAAAGCUUACAGUCACAUUAUAUCUGGAGGCACUGGAGCGUUUCUUGAAAAACAUCGAUGAUACCACAGUUGCGGUAAAGGAGUGCACAACUUCUGAAGGCAUCUUUGAGACGCUUCGCAAUUUCCAAAACAAUAUUCUCGGAUCAUUUACUUGCUGGCAAGUGGUGUGCGAUUUAAUGGAACUGCACUUGUUGCCCGAGAAUUUCAUCAAGGACGAUUUUGUUUGGCUUAGUCUUGAUGCGAGAAAGAGCCUUGUUCAGAUCUUUGGUAAAAAUCGCGCACGCCCUACAGAGUAUGUUGCUCUUGCCCAGCUGCUACAACAGCGCCAGCUUCAGGGCUUUAAAGCUCUUCAAGUGAGCUUUCCAUAUUUCAUGAAUCAGAAACUGGAUUUGAAAAAUACAGCGCACGCACUGCACAACUUUCAGGUGUAUCGCAACAUGAAAUUAAUUGAAAACAAGCAGAGCUACAAGCUGGAGCCUGGAACUACGCAGCCUGUGCUGUACAGCUCACGUACGUAUAUGAUGGAUUCUGAACAUUGUGAAGUCUGCGCGCAUCCGGAAAACGAGGAUGAGUUAGUCUUGUGUGAUUUGUGCCAGCGCAUGUUUCACAAGUACUGCAUCAGCAUGAAGGAGCUCCCUGCUGCUUCAUGGGUGUGCGCUACUUGCAAGAAGCUUCAAAAUUAUCCUCAUGAAGGCAUGAUGAUUGAGCAAGAAAUUAUUUCUGUCGACUAA